AUGGGCUCACGUCGCCAUGAGCUUUCUGUAUCCGUUCUCAAUGGCUGUCUAUACGCUAUCGGAGGACGCGAUGGGCAAUUACUUCAACGUACUGUGGAAAGACUUGACCCACGAGUUGGUAAAUGGGAAUCGGUUCGCUCUUUACCAAAUCAUCGAAGUCAUUUGGGGUCUGCAGUGCUCGACGGCUAUUUGUAUGCAGUAGGAGGACUGAAUAGCCAGAAUCAAUCAGUAGGCUCAGUUGUGAAAUACAAUCCGCGCACCAAUGAAUGGAUUGCUGUGGCUGAACUGAAGAGCAAACGAUCUGAUGUAAGAACAGCAGUUGUCAAUGAAAAGCUGUAUGCUGUUGGCGGCUUCGACGGUGUUACUCACUUAGCGACCGUCGAAGUUUUCGAUACUGGGGCAAAUCAGUGGAUAAUUCACAGUUGCAUGAACAAU